AUGACUAAAGAUUCUGCUGGUGAAAUCGCUAUUCUCGUUCUUGAUACUGCAAUCGAAGGGAUCACUGAAAGAUUUGGGGACUUCGGUGAUAAUGCUACCCAUGUUCUUAGUUCUGCGGUUGCAAAUCAGGCUAACGAAUUAGGUCCUACCCAUUUCGAUUUCGUAAAAUAUCAAAUUGCCCAUGCUACAGAGGCCUCCAUUUAUUUGGAGAGCUUACAUAAAACAUUCCAAGACUUGACUGCUAGGAUCGAACAAGGUAUCAUAAAAGGAAUUCUCCUUACUGGCUCACGUAGUGAUGCUUUCAGAACUGAUAUCCCUUGGUUGAAUGAGUUGAACACGUUUAUUAAAGAUUUCUUACUAAAUCUCGAAAAGUUCCCAAUAGUUGGGAUUUGCUUCGGACACCAAAUCAUUGCCAGAAACUUGAAUGCUAAAAUUGGUAGAAAUGAUGCUAAAAAUGGCUGGGAACUUGGUAUCACUAAAAUUAAUAUCAACCCUGACAUCUUGUAUGAUGAAAACUCCCCUUUCCAUGAAGUAUUUGACGAAAAAACAAUUGCAACCAAAGAGCUCCACUUGGUUGAAUCCCAUCAAGAUAUAGUUUACGAAUUACCAAAGCCUUACAAUAAUUCGAGUUUUGCUUCGAUUGGUUCGACUAAUAAAUGUGAAUUUCAAGGGUUCUUAACAAAUUCCGGCCCCUUGAAAAUAUUAACCUUCCAAGGCCAUCCAGAAUUCUCAACUGAUUUGACUUUAGAAUUAUUGAAUAGAGACUAUAGAUUGAACUAUAUAACCGAACAGGAAUACAGAGAUUUCACUGAUAAUACUAAACUUUUUGUCAAUCAAGGCCCGGUGGUUGGCAAAGUGAUCAAUAGAUUUUUUCAUAGAGUAAAUAAUUAA